UCCUAGGGUUUCCAGGGAGUGGGUGGCGGCGGCAGCGUGAUGGAGUCGGUGCUCAAAUCAAUGGAAAGUUUCUCCCUAACAGUUGAGGAAGAUGCAAUUGUAGAGGUAGCAACAGAUCAGAUCAAAGAAAAUUUAAAAAAUUUUCCCCACUCCGCGGUAGGGAAGAUUUUGGCCCCAAAAAUAAUCAACAGCAAAGCUUUCCAAUCAACUAUUAGAAGGGCGUGGGGGGUCGGUGAAGAUGUGCGAAUAAACAUCAUAGGGCCAAAUGUAUAUCAGUUUCUCUUCCCAAAUGACUUUACUAUGGAACGAGUCCUGGAAGAAGGACCGUGGUCCUUUGACAACCAUAUGCUGGUUUUAAAGCGCUGGGAGAUCGGAAUGGCGGCAACAAAUCUAUCUUUUGAUUCAAUUUCCUUAUGGACACAAGCUUGGGGGCUCCCUCUAGUUUGCCAUACCCACUCAGUGGCCUCUCUGAUUGGCAACACCAUAGGCUCAUUCAUCUCUCCUGAUAACCGACAGGAAGCAAAUUUACUGAACUCUCAUUUGCGAUUCCGAGCCAGUUUUCCUUUGAGCAAGCCCAUUCGAAGGGGCUGUCGAGUGAAAACUCCUAAUGGCGAAUGUGUUUGGGUCAAUCUGAAAUACGAGAGACUCUCUGAUUUCUGCUACUAUUGUGGGUAUGUGGGACACGAUGAAAGGAGGUGCGAAAGAAAAUUUGAUGAUGUGAAAGCAGGUACCACGUCCUCUGGACAAUACGGUCCGUGGUUAGUAGCUGACCGGACGUGGAAUCGAAAGGCCCGUUCAACAUCAGAUUCACAAGGGGGAAAAGGCACGGGGGAUAAAGAUGAUUCAGUGAACUCAACUACACAGGCCACUCCAAGCAAAACUAACUCUAAAGUUGUGGAAAACUCACAGCCCCCUCAAAAGGGGACAUUCACUCCCCAGAAAUCUACUCCGGAUCAAUCUCAGGCUCCCAGUCAAGAUCUAGACCAUCAUGGUCCUGAAGAACAAAUGCUACUUGACCAAAAUCCGGAUGCGAACACCUCAUCCUCUCGUGCUUCUACUAAGCGGAUCAGACUCAAAGCAAAAGCGAGGAUUCCCAAAAAUACCCAGACCAAUUCUCUGCAAUGGGGGGUAGCAGGAGGUAAACGAAAAGCUGAUGUGCAUAGCUUUGAAGAUUUGCAGGUGGAAACUAUGGGGAUUGGGGAGGCCUCUGAUGGUAACAAACGCAUGCGAACCCUGGACAGUGGGGUCAUUCAUUGCUCAAAUAUCAUAUCGGCGGUGGCUGAGGAGGCUCAGUCACGCCGGGAACCAUGAAAAUAUUAUUUUGGAACUGUC